GUAUCCUCUCCAUACAUGAAUGUCAUGAACAUGAACCAUGUUAAUUAGGCCAGUGGACACCUCAGUGAGCGAGCUCGUAAAUACUCCUUUGUCUGCUGAUGGUUUACUGGAGUACAACUUUCUACUGCUGGCAGAAGUCCAAGCAACACCUAAUAACAAGGUGACAGUAGCUAAAUGGCGAUGUAACUUACCGUUCAUCACACAUAAUAUUUAUGAUCAUUUAUAUGAAAUGUAAACCUCUGUGCCACUGGAGUUUAGGAAUCGUGGGUGCAUGACACAUGGUGUGAGCAUUUGGCCUCUUUACGCACAAUUCUACCCAAAUGGCAGCGACAUUACGCAGUGGACACCCAGAAAUCGUGUUGAAGGAGGAAAACAUCUAAAUCUAUACAGUGACACUGUUGCUGUCUCGUCUCCAGGAUACAAAUAUAUUCUUUGUUCAUAGCCGUGUUCAACCAGAGCGCACCAUGCGAACAGGGGGGCAGUGGUACCGGGUGGAGUCUUCCCCCCUUGUUCUCACAUGUGCUCCGCCCGCCUGCGCUGAUUGGAUUGAAAAUCAUCUUGUCCAUCUCCACUGAGCGAGAGGCCGUGUGUGUGUGUGUGUGUGUGUGUGGUUCAUCCUCACACUAAGAAACGCCUACCCGGAGGAGCCGGUAAAGUCAGUCACUUCAAACUGAAAAACACGCUGCCUGGUCGCAUUCAGGAGACAUUCAUGUAUGGAGAGGAUACACACAGCAAUAGCCUACCUCUGACUGACCCACUGUUUUUUUUUAUCUUAACAGGUAUUAAGACGGGUUACGUCAGCUAAUAACUUUCCAUGAGUUUGGCAUUUUUCUUCUGUGUCAUACAAAUCUAAGCUGAUACACUAAUCAAGACUUGUCUCGGAAUUGCUGAGUGCGCUCACUGGAUGCUUUGGGUGAACAGGUGGCACAAGCUCCGGUUCCCUUAAUUUGUUAUUAGGGGCGAGACGCAGGCACAACGGACUUAACGCACUUUACCGGACGUUAAGCAUUUAAUACCUGGCUUUAAGCUGGGCGAGGGGACGAUCUGCACAGCUGUCUCCCUUGUUAAAAGGAGAAGUUUGACAAGGGAGCUGUGAUGCCAGUAGCCGACAGCGACAUGGUAGUGGACAACAGCCACGGGUUAUACGAGGGUAAAACCCCAAAUGGUGCCGGGAACGAGAGCGCCCUGCCGGCUUCAUUAUGCAGCCCUGCAGCUGACAUCCUCAAGAACUUUUAUCACACCAAACGGGUCGGGAACUACCUGAUAGGCAGGAAGCUGGGAGAAGGAUCGUUCGCCAAAGUCAGAGAGGGUCUCCACGCUUUGACUGGGGAAAAGGUGGCUGUGAAGGUGAUUGACAAGCGAAAGGCCAAGAAGGACUCGUAUGUGACCAAGAAUCUGCGCAGGGAGGGCCACAUCCAGCAGAUGAUCCGCCAUCCCAACAUCACGCAGCUGCUGGACAUCCUGGAAACGGAGAACAGCUACUACCUGGUGAUGGAGCUGUGCCCCGGCGGCAACCUCAUGAACCGAAUCUAUGACAAGAAGCGGCUGGAUGAGAGGGAGACUCAGAAAUACAUCCGGCAGUUGGUGCUGGCCGUGGAGCACCUGCACAGGGCAGGCGUGGUGCACAGGGAUCUGAAGAUAGAAAACCUCCUGUUGGAUGAGCAGGACAACAUAAAGCUCAUAGAUUUUGGCCUCAGCAACUGUGCUGGCAUCUUGGGAUACUCAGACCCUUUCAGCACCCAGUGUGGAAGCCCGGCCUACGCCGCCCCAGAGCUGCUCUCCAGGAAGAAGUAUGGGCCGAAGGUGGAUGUCUGGUCCAUUGGUGUGAACAUGUAUGCGAUGUUGACUGGGACUCUCCCAUUCACCGUGGAGCCCUUCAGUCUCCGAGCCUUGCACCAGAAGAUGGUAGACAAGGAGAUGAACCCUCUACCUCCCUCACUCUCCACAGCUGCCAUCUGUCUUCUGAAGAAGCUUCUUGAGCCAGAUCCCAACAAGCGCCCCAAUAUCCACCAGGUGAUGGCUGACUCGUGGCUACAGCUGGCCAACAAGAACACCGGGGCACCGUACCUCAACAGGAUUCAUAUCGAGGAAAUCAACCACACCGUGUUGCUGCAUAUGACGGAGAAAAUGAACUACAAGCACAGCGAGGUGCUGAGCGCUGUCCUCACCAACCGCGCCUGCCAUACGCUGGCUGUCUACUUCCUCCUCAACAAGAAAAUGAAGAGGCUCUCAAAAGAGUACAGGGAGAUGCAGUUCCAGGAGAAAAAGAAGAAAGGAGAAAAACAGAAAAACGAAUACUUCCAAACCCAAUGGAGGAAGCAUGUGGACAAGCUCACUAUCCCCCCAAAACAGACGCCCAUCUACCUGGCUGUUAGCAAGGGGCCCAGUAAGGAGAAGAAACACAGAACAGGUCUUUUGCGUGCCAUAACUGGUGGCCAUCGUAAUUCCCCACUGGCACCACCGGGCACGGUCGCUUCUUCCUCAAUGGAGUAUUUAGAGAUCCAACCUCUCUUUAACAACACCCCUCAGCAACGGCGGCGCUUGGCCACCCUCCCACAAGUAAACACGAGCCCAGAACACAACAUACCUGCUCCACCAGCACCAUCACCAAUCGGCAUGCAUUCCUUUGGCUCCCUCUCCAAAGCUGAGCAAAUUGAAGACACCCCAGCUUCACCUUGGUACAAGCUGACCAACGGGACUCUGUCUCCUCCCCGCCACGUCUCUGCUUUCCAACCUGACUCCUCUUACUUGAAGAAGGCCACAAUCCCCAGUCCUCCCGUCCUCAUUGUCAAUCCGCAGCCCAAGAAAAGCGUCUCAGAUUGGUGCGGUUCUUCAGACACCAGCGGAAGCCCCCCCAGCACCGUUGGAAGCCCUCCAGGCAGCUCGGCUUUCAGCCCUCCAAAGUCUGCCUUUAGCCCCCUCAACCCCACCUCAGCAUUCAGUCCUCCUUCCAACAGCAGCAGCAGUGAUCCCGAUAGCCCGACGCACCGCAGCAAGUUCCCGUCCAUGGGAAUCGGACAGAUCCUGAAGAAGAAGGUCCAGCUCCAGCCGUUCACCUUCCGGCCAGAACAGGUCGUCGAAGAAGUGGUGUCCCCACCACCCUAUCCCAUGCAGACUCUCCUCUGUGCUUCAGGUGCACUCAAGACCCUCUGUUGAGGUAUGCAAGAUGGAAGAAAAUGAAAGAAAGACAGACUGAACUCAAGGCCCCUCUCAACAUUUUGUUUAAGUUGGAGAGGUCUUCCAGAGCGGCCUUUUGAACUGUGAAUUGUUCCUUUAUUGCGACUGAGCCACUUUUCGUGACGGACAUGAUCAAUCUUAAAAAAAAGUAGAGGUUUAAAAAUGUUUUAUCUCUUGCCACCGCUCUUAUGUAAUAAGAGUUGGUGACACUGAGAGGAUGAGAUUUGAGGCAGAUCCCUGAGGGAUGACUAAACCUCGCUGUGUCCUAGAUACAGAGUGGACAUGGGGCAUCACGUAAUAUGAGCCUUGCCAAUAAGAUGUGCACACACACACACACGCACACACACAAGACACUGUAUUAUACACUGAGUUAAGAGAUACUCUCUUAUGUAAUAUUGCUGUAACUGGUUACUAAUUGAGCCGUAAACUGAUUCACACCAGCUAACAGACCCCAACCCUCUCCCUGAUUACAUGUAUAAAUGUUUUUGUCUCUGUGAAAACUCUCUAAGAUACCCACUGACUUCCAGGCAGCUGCCACUGUAUCCUCAAUGCUGACUGGAUGAAGAGGCUCACUGCACUAUACCUAAAAACCAAAACCUAUAGUAACAACCUUUACCAUCUUUUACCUCACUGCAUUAUUCAUACAUAAAUGUAUAACGGCAGUCAUUUAUGACAUGCUUGUGUGGAUUUUGCCACAGUGUUGCAGUGUUUGAGCGUUAGUGCCAUUAGAAUCGAUCAACACACCAAAAUAGAAGUAGAUACCAAGAACCAGAGUCAUACUCUCACUUUUUAUAAUGUUCUCAUAAACUAUCACUCGACACUAAUAAUAAUUCACAGCUAUAACUUUUUCUAUACAAGUGUUGAUUCACCUCUACAACCCACAGGGAAACUGUAAAACUGUCUUAGUUAUGACUCUCACUGGAGGAAAUGGCUGUUCAUACUCAGUUUUAGAGAAAAAAAAAAAGAGAAGAUAAAAAAAAUAGAGCAUCAAAGCCUUAUGAAACUGAUCAACCUCGCCCACGGUUGGAGAUAUAAAGGUGGGAAGAACUGCUACUAGGAUCAAGUAAUAUCCAUGAAAAUACAUCACAUUUUUUUGUCUUAAUACUGUAGUUUGUGCAAUAGUCUUAAGUGUUAACUGCAAUGACGAGUAUUUGCCAAGAGCUCUCUGAGAGUGAUGUGAAAAUUGUGCUUGUAAAUAACGAUACGACUCCUGUGUUCCUGUCACUUAUGCGCGAAGGGAUUCUAAAACGUUCGUUGAAAUUGUUCACGUUAGAGGCUUCAGAAAACUAUUUGACCCUGCAAAAAUUCUUCCACAGGCACACAAGGCUUUUCACUGUUAAGAUACUGUAGAAUCUCUUCCUGUCCAAAUAAAAAGUUUGCAUGCAAUGUUUCAUGAGUCGAAUUGUACUGUUAACAUUUGAAAAUUACGUCUUUGUACCUUUUUUCUGGUUGAUACUGAGAUUGAUACAGACACGGGGGGUCUUUUGUAAGAUUUUGUAACGGAUGGUUUUGUUCGAGUGUCAAGAGAUUUCUAUGCUGUAUAUAAAGUAUUUUAAAUAUUUAUACUGAG